CACCGGCCAACAGAUAUAGCUAGCUCAUUGCAUGGGAGAGCCAAAUAGUUGUAGCAGUAGCCAUGGCGCUGCCUCUUCUACCUAUAGAGGAGUGCGGAAGAGAAAAUGGGGGAAAUGGGUGUCUGAAAUCCGCGAGCCCGGCAAGAAAGCCAGGAUUUGGCUGGGGAGCUUUGAGACACCUGAAAUGGCUGCCGCGGCUUACGAUGUUGCGGCUCUACACUUUAGAGGACGUGAGGCACGCCUCAAUUUUCCAGAAUUGGUCAACACCCUUCCACGCCCGGCGAGUUCAGACGCUGAUGACAUUCGCGUGGCGGCUCACGAGGCGGCCUUGCGGCUAAGAUGCCCUGCAGGAACCGCUGAGAAUGGCGGUUCCGGCUCGAACAUGGCGCCGGUCACCGUAAGGCUCUCGCCGAGCCAAAUUCAGGCCAUUAACGAAGUCCCGUUGGACUCCCCGACGAUGUGGAUGCAAAUGGCAUCGGAAGAUCAGUCUGAGCUGUUCUCCAAUGAGACUAACGACAAUGAAUGGGAAGCUAUGCAAAGUGACUCUCUUUGGGACCCUUAGGUAACGUAUUCCAUUAUACCAAUACUCUUUAGUACAUACAUAUAUAUAUAUAUAUAUAUAUAUAUAUA